AUGACCAGAGCAUAUGGAAUAGUGCCUAGGAUUGAGCAUUAUGGUUGCUUGGUUGAUCUCCAGAGUCGCGCAGGACUAUUGAAAGAGGCUCAUGAGGUUAUCAUAAACAUGCCUAUGUUGCCAAAUGGGGUCAUUUGGGGGGCUCUGCUUGGUGGUUGCAGGCUUCAUAAGAACAUCGAAUUGGCUGAGAAAGCUAUGAAACAUAUUUCGGAAUUGAAUCCACUUAAUGAUGGAUACUACAUUGUUCUCUCGAAUGCUUAUGCAGAGGUGGGAAAAUGGGAAGAAGUAACGAAAAUCAGGAAGUUGAUGAAGAACAGAGGGGUGAAGAAAACGCCUGGAUGCAGUUCAAUCACAAUAGAUGGAACAGUUCAUGAGUUUGUAGCCGGGGAUGAGUCUCAUCCUGAAUGUGAUGAGAUAUUUGAGAUGUGGGAAAAACUAUUAGUGAAGAUGAAGGAAGAAGGGUAUGUGCCAAAUACUUCAGUUGUGCUUCUUGAUGUGGAAGAUAAAGAAAAGGAGAAGUUCCUGUUUCGCCAUACCGAAAAACUGGCACUUGUGUAUGGGUUGAUGAACACAAAACCUGGAAUGCCUAUUAGGAUUAUGAAGAAUCUUCGUGUGUGUGAGGAUUGUCAUGCUGCUUUCAAAAUACUAUCUGCCAUUGAAAAGAAAGAAAUUGUGGUGCGUGAUCGGAGUAGGUUUCAUUGUUUCAAAAAUGGUGAUUGUACAUGCAAGGAUUAUUGGUAG